AUGGAAAAUACAUCCAAACAAAUGGCAAAUCUGACAGCUACGGUGGCGCGGGUUGUGGAGGAUGUUGACCGUCACGGGAAGAAUAUAAAACAUGUUCAGUCUGAGAUUGUGAAGCUGAAGGAGGAGAACCGGCUUCUUAAAACAGCGGUGGAAGAGUGCAAGCGGUACAGUCGGAGAUGGUCGCUAAAACUACAUGGCCUCAAAGGAAAUGUGAAUGAAGAUGUGAGGAAAGAAGUCAUCCUCGUCCUGGGGAAAGUUGCUCCGGGUUUGCAGGUUUACCUGAGGAUGGAUGACCCAAAGAGAACAGAUGGAUCCAACAGACCAGUCAUCCUCCUGUCUGCUCUGGGUUUACCUGAGGAUGGAUGA